AUGGACUCACAGACGCUUCUUGAAGCCUUCGCAGACGAACAUGCUGGUCUGCUUGAGGGCACUAGGUCUCAGAUCCACGCUUUUGUCUUUAUUGCCUUGGGUGAAGCUGCGAUUGGGCUAGGUUUCCGAGCUAAAGUGGUGAAUCAAAUGGUGGCAAAAUACAUGGGGGUCCCAGAGACAUCGGCGAGGACCAUGAGACUUGGUGUCAGGAGGUGGAUCAAGAUGUCAGAUGUGCUACGCAGUUCGUGGCUUAGCCGUGCAGAUGAGUUACCGCUCCGGCAUGAGGCUAUCGAUAUCCUAGGGGAGAUGGAGGUUUCGGGGGGUCAUGCCGUACUUGAAGACAUACGGGUAUACAUCCCCAAGAGACAGCUAUCAUCGGCCUCCCUCCGCCUACCCAACAUUGUGUACGAACUCUAUGGGGGAAGA